AAUCAGGUUGAAUAAAAUGGCCGCCUUAUAAUGGGCUUUUCCACAUUUACGUAGUGCAAAAAAAAUUGCUUGCUUCAUUUUAUUAAUAUCAACCCCAUAUUUAAUUACAAUAGAACUUAAUUAGGACUCUCCAAGUGAUAGGACAUUAUAAAUUGUUGCCAUUAAAGAUUCUGUGACAAUCGACCAUGUCUGAUGUAGAAGGUACAUCACUAGAAGCAUUAUCUGAGUUUAAAGAUGGCGGUAAUUUAGAAAUUGUAGAAAUACAAUGUGAAAAAGAUCUUCAAGAGGAAACUCCCGUUCAAUAUGACGAGGAUAGCGAUUACCAAAAUGUUUCCUGUAUGCAAGUCGUCGACGAAUCGGGGAAGAGCAAUGUGCUGGAUUUGCUGAAUAUGACUCUUAUCAAAUGUUACACCGCCGAGGGAGAAUCCUACCGCUUGGUGACCAGCAAUGCACAGGGCAACGACUCGGAGACGGUGACGUGUAUAUUGUCAAACGAGGGAGAUGAUCAAGAGCAAUUUAUGGUUGUGGACGAAAAUAAUAUAUAUCUACAAGCUGAAUAUGCUGAAAACUAUGAAAAUGCUGAAAACGAUAAAAAUGAUGAAAACUAUGAAAAUGCUGAAAACGAUAAAAAUGAUGAAAACUAUGAAAAUGCUGAAAUCUAUGAAAAUAAUGAAAACAAUGAAAAUAAUGAAAAAAGUGAAACCAAUGGAAAUGAUAGAAAUCCAAAAACGGCGACUGUGAACCAGCCACCGAGCCCGCAAUGGAUAUUGGAAAAGGCGAAAGCGUAUCAGCAAUCGAAGACCCUCCUAGCCAGCCUUCAGAGGCGUCAACGUAAAGGCCGCAGACGCAAAGGUGAACUGCCACCUCCGCACGAAUUAUUAACAUCGCCGACUUUCAAAUUGUAUCUGUAUUCGUGUAAAAUGUGCAAUUUUAAAUGUAAUGCCAUAAAGGAGCUGCAGGUGCAUCGGGCCGCUGAACACAUCGGUGGGAUUUCAUACCGCGGCAGGAAUUCUACAAUAGCUCUGCAAUGUCCAAAGUGUCCGUACAGGGCGCACACGCACGGCCAGCUGUCCAAACACAACACUCAAAGCCACGUCAAACGCGAUACAGGUGUGACGUACGGCGAAGCGAUAAAUUUGGACACCGACGAAGUAAACGCAGCCGAUGUGCUGGUCUGUGGGGCGUGCGGGUUCGAAUCCCCGUCGAAGGAGGUUUUCCGGACUCACAUACAGAAGGAGCACGGCGCUAUGGCUUGUUAAUAAAUACAGUCGUUUUAUUUAGUAUCGUAGUAACUUGAAAAUAAAUUAGUCUACUGGCCUAGCUGUAUGAAAUGGAUUGAAUCUUACUGAAGUAAUUUAUACAAAAUAUAACGGGUGUACCACAGGGUUCUCUUCGAGAGCCAAUACUAUUCAAUAUAUUUGUAAAUGAUAUAGUAAUCUGUUUUAAGUAGGUUAACGUAAAUUUUAAGAUCUCAAGUUUUGUCGUGUAGUAACUAUAAGGUACUGACCUGGUGUUAAGUGAUUGCCCAUGGACACAAUGCCAGAAGGUUGAGGCAACCGAGCAGUUUUUAAAGCCUCUCGCUCUUUAUUCUGCCUUGACGUCGGAUAAAACUCGGCUACUUAAUCGUUCACAUUGUGCUUCGGUAUGUGCUUAUCUAUGGCAGCCGUAUUUAAGAAUUGGUAGGAUGUCGAGUAGUUGUUUGUGAAGGCUGCCCGCUCCUCGCAAAUAUAAAUUGCACAUUAGGCUUAUGGGCCUAUAAUUGCCAAUGGCAUCUCUGUCUUUCUUUUUUUUUUUAAUUUCUCCUUUCUUUUCCCCUUUUGUGCUGACAAUACCGAAAUUUAGUUUUUGAAGGAUUGAUAUUGAUUAAGAAAUAUAAAGAAUUGACGAAUUGUUAGAAAUACUGUGACCGCCUUGGAAUUCGAUCGUAUGGUAGAUUGAAUCGAUCAACAGUUCAACAUAGCACCUGAUGAGAGUUCCGAAUGACCCAUACAUAUUCCGCGUCUCGUUAGAUAGAUCUGGUCAUCUGGAGUCAUCGCCUUCUUCUUUGAAACACUUUCACUUUGGAACGAUAACGGUUUUUUUUAAUGUUACACAGUCAAAUUUAUCAAUCAAUUAUUAACUUCGCUGACGUUCCGAUAUUUAAACUAUUUAAAAGUUUCGCUCCAGUGUUUCAAAAUUCAGUAGUUUUAAUGCUAUUUCUAAGUUUUUAACAUUUAGUUCACUUUUGAAAUGCUUGAAUGUUUUACCUGAUUUUUUACGAAAAUUAUACUAGUCUAUAGUUCACAAACAGUUGCACUGAUACUUUAAGCACUAUUUUGUAGUUUAUUGCACUCCAAAUUCGCGAUUUUUUUUUAUAUUUUUAACGAUUUGUUAUUUCGGACCACGACUUGUCCGUCUGACGUCAUUGUUUAUGAGAACAUGGUUGCAGGUAUUAAUCUAAUAUAAAUCCGGUAGAAAAUGCAUGUAACCUUACUCUUCUUGCUCCAGUCAAAUCUGAACUAUGGAGUGAACUUUAUGGUGUAUUGAUAUUCAUAUGAAGAAAUCAAUUUUCCUUUAGUUUUAAUAAUUGUACACCGACAUAUUUUUAACAAAUAAAAAGCUAUAAGGCUCGUCACAUCAAA